AAGAUUGUUUCCGAGUUUYGUUGAUAAAUUAUGACUGCAAACUGCUGUAAUUGUGAUGAUUUUCUGAAGUUAAACAGUUAUCAAAAGGUUACUGAUAGUUGAAACUUCUCCCUACCCCACCACCAUGAAUCUGUCAUUUGCAGGAUGUGGAUUCUUGGGUGUUUACCAUCUGGGUGUGGCCAAGUGCCUGGUGGAGCGUGCACCUCGGUUUUUGAACAGUGUUACGGCAUUUGCUGGAGCCUCAGCAGGAUCUCUUGUUGCUGCCAUGCUUGCAACAUCAGCACCUAUUGAUAAAUGUUCCCAAUAUGUUAUWGAACUUACAAAUGAGGCUCGUAAAAAUCCUCUUGGACCAUUUAGCCGUCAGUUUGACCUUGUUGGGAAUUUACGAAGAGGAAUGGAAGAAUUUCUUCCUUCAAACUGCCAUCGGAUUGCUUCAGGAAGACUUUAUAUCUCUGUUACUAGUUUAAAAACGAGAAAAAAUUAUAUUAUAUCAGAAUAUGACUCUAAAGAGGAGCUGAUGAAGGUUCUUCUUGCAAGCUGUUACAUUCCUUUCUACGUUGGCUUAGACUUUCCUGAGUUCAAAGGACAGAAAUGGUUUGACGGUGGAUUCACUGAUAAUCURCCYACCCCUCCCCAUGGAAAAACGAUCUUGGUCUCGCCCUUUAGUGGUAACAGCGACAUCAGCCCACGUGACUUGUCUCGGCCAUUGAUGGACUUCUACUGGCGAAGAAUGCAUGUUCUUGYCAACAGAGAAAAUGCCAGGAGAAGCUUAAACAUCCUCUUCCCACCAAGAGAUCACAAUUUAGAUAAGAUAUAUUCAGCGGGAUUUGAUGAUGCUAUGCGAUAUUUAGAAACAAAGGACUUAUUAAAUGCAUAGCGAUUUAGCACUUGCCACACGUCACGGGAUUUUCUAAAAUGUACUAAAAGGACCGAAGACGAUAAUGCUGCAACUUCUCAAUUAUCCGUAUGAAUUCGCUUUUACUCAAUUCGCCUUGUCCAUUUGUUCCGUCAUAGUUUCAUUUUUCAUUAUUUCGUUUAUUCGUCCCAUUUGUUGAUAGUAAUUCAUUUCCUACUUCCCUAUAUACGUACUCGAGAUGUUUGUCAUACUUGUUUUUCACUUCAUCAGUUUUACUUCCGUAUUCUCGACACAAAUGACAUAAAAUGAACUCGKCUUUCCAUUGAGAUGCAUUGCUAGUUAAGAUGUGAUGUAUUAUGCAAAUACAUUAUAUAGACUGAAACAGACAGCUCCCCCACAGAGAGAACGAUAAAGGAGAGACUAAUUGUGAAACGGAUCAAUGUGUACAGUCAGUGAGUGUAGUCAUAUAAGGAAUCGUCACUAUGACUAAGGUCAUGAUGUCAUCGGGAAGUUUUUAUUGCGAAUAAUAAUUUCUGUUGCAUUUCUGUUGCAAKCCACGACAAGUCAGCCAAGACUYAGAACUCAGACAAAAAGGCUGUCAAAAUAACGCGACCAACAAAACGGAAGACACUACACUAAAUAUURAUAUCCACGUCUUAUCGUAAUAGAMAAUAAUUACUAUUUCAUAAAGGUAGACCUACAUAACUAAUUUUAAAAUGCAACUAUACUCACUUUGCUUAAUGUGUCAAUCACAGAAAAAACGAGCGAAAAAGGGUUUAUCUUCCUGAAUAUUUGAUGACUGGACAAUAAAAAGGUAAUUAAAAAUUGGUUCUUUUAUUUCACUGACAAAGCUUGUAAAACGAAUGUGUUUGGACAGCUUUUUCUCUUCAGUUCCGCUCAACAAUCAGUGCUGCACUACAGGGGUUUUCUUUCCUAAUUUAUCCUUUAAAAMAAUUCCCCCUUUUCGUUUGAAAGGAURGAUCCUUUGAUUAGUGUGUAAUUGUAUGUGGACCGUCAAAGAUAUUUUUGUCUUGAGUCACUCAGAGUAAAAGCGUUGAAUAAGUGAUGUCACAACUAAUGUCACGAUGUAGAUAUGCAAGCGGUUUGCCAUAUUUCCUGUCUGGACUUGUACAAC